CGUUCAUCAAAGUCGUGGCGCCAAACGACCAACGAAUCCAUGGGUCAGCCAGAGGGGUUCCACUUUGACUGGAAGGAGUCCUUGGCUUCAGUGAAAAAUACCUUCAUCCACGUGAGUGAAGAUGUGGAAGUUGAAUGGUGGGAUCCCGCACGACCCUUGAAGCGCAGCACAUCUUCCCCUGAUCGGCUGCAGAGUUUGAAUGAACUGGUCGAGGCGGAAUUGUCACCCGAAAGUUCGAGCAGCAAUGAGGAGCCGGCUCUGUUGACGCUCACUGAGAUGUGGGACUUCUCGACCGAAGCUGAGGAUGAGGACUUGAAGAAUGCCAAACAGGCAGACCUUUUGACCAAGAUGGAGCAGAACCUUUUGGCGCACCAGUCCGGCAAUUGCAAGCCAUGUUCAUAUUUUUAUUUCAAAGAGGACGGGUGCCGCAAUGGUGACAAUUGUGACUUUUGCCACUUCUGUUCCCCGCAAGCGGUGAAAGACUGUAAGCGCGCCUUUAAGCGCGACGCUCGCCGAGAGAAGCGAGCGCAAGCAGCAGCAGGCUUGCGCAAGGCUGAUGGCGUUGGACCCCCCUAUCGUCAUCGCGUGCGUGGCCGCCAACAGACUGCGUCUACAAACUGAAAGCAUCGCUCAUCGAGUUUCAAGAUGUGACUCAUCAAGGUUUCGAGAUGUUUG